CUGUGAAACUACAUGGAAACUACAGAAAAGUUAAAAAAAUUCGAUGUGUGUUCACCCAUACCGGAGGCGCAUCAUCGCAAAGCUUCCUUAAAAUACUCAGAGGUUGAUAUCUGGCUGUAACUACGAGUACGUCUUUAACAGUUGGGUUAAGAUGUUUACGGAAGGAACGGUUAAGGAGGAACACCAGUGCGACAGUAGCGCCAGGAAACAACCCAAAGAGUUAUCGGAUCAAGGUUGGGCACCUGCUGCUGAUCCACUCAUACAACAACCAGUACUAGUGGACAGUGAGGACAUAACUGACAGCGAUUCUGUUAGUAAAGAUAGCUGCAUAAUACACACGAGUCUUAACAAAUUAAAACAGGAGUACAAUGGAGACACUGACAGGGAUAACAGGGCAUCUGACAAUGGUAGCGAGUCUGAAAAUGCAGACGUCCACAUUACUAGAGAGCGGAUUUCAGGUUUAUAUACGUUUUUUGCGCUCUACUAA